GUGUUUAUAUAUGUCUGUGAUUAUGUGUGUGUUUAUAUGUGUGUGUGUAUGUUAAACAAACUGACUUUAAAAACAAACAAACAAACAAACCAACCAGAGUGGACUCGGUUCACCUGCUAAACACCGGCGGACACACGCACAUAUACACGGAGCUCCGCCUGUAAACAUCAGUCCUCUCUUGUUUUUUUGUAAAGAGUCACGGUGUCAUGCCUGUCCCGGCAAUGGACGAGCCUGUCGUCGAUCACCAGAGACGCUUUCAGGCAGCUGUGGACGUCAUCCACAACCUCCCCAAAAGAGGCUCGUAUCGACCGUCGUAUGAGCUGAUGCUGCGUUUUUACAGCCUCUACAAACAGGCCGUGUGUGGACCAUGUACAGCGCCACGACCCGCGUUCUGGGAUCCAGUAGGUCGCUACAAAUGGGACGCGUGGAGCCGCCUGGGAGACAUGAGCUGCGAGGUUGCCAUGGCAGCGUACGUGGACGAGAUGAAGAGAGUAGCUCAGGAGGUCAUCGACACCACGCCCAUCAACGAGAAGACAGUGUCGCUCUUCCAUCAGUUCGAGCCUCUGUACCUGGUCAUUGACGACAUGCCGCGACCUCCACAGUCACUGCUGACCCUCAGAGAAGGUCUGAAAGGCAGUGAAGGCACUGAAAUGAACAAUGAGGAGGAGGAAGAGCCUAAAGAGGGUUCUCUUCUCCCAGAGAACCUGGACCUGGAUCUGGAUCAGGACCAGGACCAGGAUCAGGAUCAGGAUCAGGAUCAGGAUCAGGAUCAGGAUCAGGAGUUGAAGCUCGAUGAGGUGAAGCUCGCUGCAGACUCCGCUGUGUCCGAGUGUCCGGUGGUGACCAGCGACUCAGAGAGUGAGAUCUUCUGCGACUCUGUGGAUUCAGUGGAGCAGCUCAGCAGCGUCAAGAUUCCACUCAUCAACGGUUUUCAGAACGGCCACGCGUCGCUGGAGUCGCGUCACCGUCUGGAUGCUCGUCAGGUCGGAGCGGGUCAAGGUGGAGAAGGAGGCGGUGACGGCAAAGGUCAGGGCCCAGCCAACAGAAGACGAGAUGGCGGCCGAGAAGAAUCUCGCCACAGCUGGAGAGAACGCGGUGUUCCUCAGGGCGGGCCCAGGUGGGGGGGCCCAGGUGGUGGCGGCACCGGCGGUGGGGAAGGCGGCGCCGGCCGAGGAGGCGGUGACGGCUCAGAAGGCGGAGCAGAGAGGAUCCACGACGCCCAGCUACAGCAGCAGAUCAUGGUGGCUCUGCGGAGGCUCAGGGAAGACAUGAGGAGCGUGAUGGAGCGGCUGGAGGUGGUGGAGAGACUCGCCGCCUCACAUGCUCAGGGCUCAGAGUGGAGAAAGUGUCUGCAGUGUGCAGCAGCUUCUUCUUCACAACACCAGGAGGACGAGAGGUGGUGGCCGUUUGACGUGUCGGGUCAGACCGUCCUCCUCUUCCUCGUGUGGCCGUUUGUCGCUCAGGGCGUCGUCCACCUGAUGAGGAAAGCCCAGAAGAGAAGCCGUUUGUCUUUGUGAUGCAAACCCCCCAACACACUCACGGGUACGAGCACUAACUCAUACCAACACGAAUUCAUGGGAAGGUGUCCUUCCAGCGAACUCUGUGGACUGAAGGAGUUAUCUGACUGUGCUGUUGAGCUCAGGAGCAGAAAAACGUUCUCUCUCUCUCUCACUACAAGUGAAUCUUGAUUUAAAACUGAUGAAGUGGAUCUUGAGUCGAGCAGGAAACACAUACUGAGGUCUGUUUCCAUAGCUCAACAAUUGUGGAUUAUGCACAACAACAUGAAGGAGCCGCUCUCUGGAUUAACAGAGAGGACACUUUGUCUUCCAGUGUACAUCUAAACUACAUUUAAUCCCAGUGUAAUGUCAGUGUGUGCAAUUCAUCGUCUUUUUAUAUAGGAAAUAAUAAUUGAUUUCAAACUACCCAAUUAACGUGAACAGUCAUGUAGAAACCCUAAAGCAUGCGGUCUAAUUAAAAAUCUGGAUUUAAGACCAGAAGCAUGAAGUGUCUCUAAUCUGUAGCAGCAAAUCUGGAUUUUAGCUCUUUUUUCGUCUCCUUGAGCAUCUAAUGAUAAAAGAAGUGGGUUUAGAUCCCAAAAAUAUUAUUAAUAUUUGAUUUUUAUUUCAAGAUGAAGUAUUAAAAGAUUGACUCAUUUAAAGUGGGAAAAAAUAUUAAUAUAUAAUAUUUUUACAGCAGCUUUUGGAAAGCUGACAUUUUUUGCCACAAGGAAAAAAUGUGUGAUUUUUUUUUUUAAACGUGACACUGCAAAAAAAUAUUGUAGUUUUUUUCAAUAAAAAAAACCUUUAAAGGGUUAAAUUCCCCAAAAUAUUAUUAAUAUUUGACUCAUUUAAAGAGGAAAAAUUAAUAUAUAUUUUUAUUACAGGAACUCUUAAGAGUUAAUUCAUUUGUGUUGAGACAUUUACCAACUAACCUUAAACAGACAUUUCAUAUACACAAUACUACAACUGUGUAUAACAACAAAUAUUCUAGAAAAGGAUUAUCCCACAAAUUCGGACUGUCUCUUUUCCCAAAAAAUCAAGUUUGAAUUAAUUCUACUUUCCGUGCUAUUUUUUUUGUUACUUUAUGAUUGGUGGUAUAAAGUGAAAUUUGGAAAUAUUCCACAUAGGAAACUUUCAAUUGGAAUUAUGGGCAUUUAUGGAAAUUGAAUGGACAUUUUUGAAUAAUUUAAAGAAACUGUGGCAUACACAAAUAAAAACAUUUUGUUUGUA